AUGGUCGUCCCUUUACCACCCUGCUGCGCCCGCAACGCCCACGGCCCACAAAACAUCCUCUGCUCGCAGUGCGUCCACCUCUAUGAAAAGCUCCGCCCGCAUCUCGACGCAGACAGACUCGAAUCCUCAACCCUGCAAACCUACCCCAUAGUCCUGAAAAUCCGGCUGCCGCCCGUGCCCAACGACGUCUACCCCCAGCACAUCUACGACCUCUCAAAAAAGCUCGCCGACGUGAUCCACCACCUGGCGUGGGAGAUGUUUGGCGCCAGGGUGCCGACGGUCAUCGUGCAGGAGUUCCAAACCGACUAUGUGGAUAUUCGGGUCCUGCUGGACUUUCCUCGGUACUUCAAUGCCGUGGACUCCCCCUUUGUGAAACGGCUCCUCAAGGAGGCGGCCAAGUUCAUACCGGAGUUGAAGGCGGCGGGCGACGACCAGCGGUGGCAGGCUGAGUUUCCGAGUCAGGGUCAGUGUGCGGGGCAGUUUCGGUUGGAGUUUUGGGACAGGUUUCAAAAGGAGUUGAUGAGGGGGGAGAAAAAGUUCCGUCGUAAAGAGUAA